UAUAUAGCCGCAGGACGGGCCAGACGCCUAUAUAAUAAUUAAAUGAAAUAUAAUAACAAUAAAUAUUAUUAUAUAGCCGCAGGACGGGCCAGACGCCGAGCCGGGCGGAGGAGGGGCGGGGGUCGCACCGCCGACCGCAUCGGAUGCCGGCGCGCGUGCGCCCAGCCGGCCGUGGGGGUGGCGGGCUGCUCUGACCGAGGUGGACGGCUCUGGCCGCUGCUCCGCGUCCGGGCUCGUCCUGCAGCAGGUUGCGGUCGACGCUGACGAGCGGGCGGCGCUGUGCGAGGGCAUCAAGCGGCUCGCGAGUGGCGGGCGCGACUUUGGGCGCUUCACGGAGUGGGUGCGGGAGAGGGUGCGGGAGAGGGGCCCGUGGGACUUUGUGCUCGACGCGGCAAACAUCGGCUUCUUCGGCCAGGGCAAGGAGGUGAGCCGCGUGCGGCGGCAGGCGCGCGCCGCGGCAGCAGGGCCCGUCUCGGCAGGCGCCUCCGACGCGGCCUCUUCCUCCGUCUCUUCCUUCGUCGGCGAGGCGGAGCGGCGGCGCAAGGCGGAGGCGCAUCGCGAGGAGCUCCUCGACCUGCAGCAGGUGGACCGGCUGCUGCGCGCGAUCCAGCGCAUCCGGCGGGAGGGGCCUCCGCCGCGAGUGCUGCUCGUGCUGCACGAGAAGCACACGACGGGCCGGCCGGCCGGAUCCGAGGAGGCGAAGCUGCUCGCGCGCUGGAGCGAGGAGGGCGUCCUCCUCGCCACUCCGCGCAAGCAAAACGACGACCUCUACUGGCUGUACGCGGCCAUGGCCUCGGGCGACGGCUGCUGCGUCGUGUCCAACGACCAGAUGCGGGACCACUCGUUCGGGAUGUUGCGGCCGCGCUCCUUCUCGCGCUGGCGCGACCGGCACGUGGUGCGCUUCUGCUUCCGCGAGUGGCAGCAGGAGCCGACUCUCGAGUUUCCGCGAAUCUUCUCGUCCAUCAUGCAGUUCGAGCCAGCCUCGAGCACGUGGCACAUCCCGAGCCACGAGUCGAGCCGCUGGCUGUGGGCGCAGCACGGGGCGGCUUGAGCGAUCGCGCACACCCGGCCGGGCCGGGGAGGGCGCCAGGAACUCCUCUCCCUCUUGGCCCAUCGUCGUCUCCCUCUCUUCUCACUGGUCACUCUUGGUCCCCGACGACGCACGAGCGAUGCGACUCUCCCGGCUCGCGCGCUCUCACCCUUUGUCUUUCUCCACAGUGUGGGUAUUGCCUAAGCACACAGAUGAAGCGAGCACUUUGAAGGAAUACGCGUUGAGAGGU